AUGUCCUUCGUUCAUAAAAAUCGCGUCAAUGCUUUUGCCUCGUUUCCCUCCAUGCAUAGAGAAUCUUCUCCAGGCGGCAGAAUGCGGCGUCAACGCCUGGUUGUCUCGUUAGCAACCCUCAUCUUUGUGUGCAUCUCCCUUAUUCUACUUAGAGACACAACCGUUCCUCGCUCGUCCAACGGCCUCAAUGCGCCAUUCGAGGUGAACCCUUUGCCGUCCUCUCACUCGCCCUCUCCUUCGCUCGCGGUGCCAAAUCCUCUCGGGCCCGCAAAAGGUCGCCAAGCACUUCAUCCAAAAAAUGUCCACCCGGUGGCCAGUCUCAUUCAAGAUGCUGAGCAGGAGUUUACCCACUUGUGGUCGCGACAAUCAAAGACUUUGGCCGAUGCGGUGAACGAAUAUCGCCGCCGAUAUAACAUGCACCCUCCACCCAACUUCGACAAAUGGUUCCAGUUUGCUCAAGCAAAAGGAGUUCAGCUAAUCGAUGAAUACGAUACUAUCUAUCAUUCUCUACUGCCAUUCUGGUCUCUAGAGCCGAAGAUAAUACGAGAAAGAGCUCGUGAAGCCUUGGGAUACGACAACGCUAUGAUCGGAGUUCUCAUCCGUGAUGGCAAGGUUACGCACACGGAAGGGGCCCGGGAAGGAUAUGAAUGGCAGCAAGAUGCGACUGCUGACAUGUUGAAAAGCUUUAUUCGGUACUUGCCGGACAUGGAUGUAGUAUUCAACACCCACGAUGAGCCCCGAGUGAUUGUUCCCAGCGACGACCUCCAAAGGCUGGUUAACUUUGCCAAAGAUCAUGCAAUCCCCAAGGCUUUCCACAAGCAAUCAUUGGUGAACAAAUGGUCAGAUAAGCCUGCCGACCUGAAUAAGGGUGACCGGGUUGAUGAGGUGCGCACCACGCGCUUUAACCGAUUUGCGCACCAACCUACCUGGACAAGCUCUCGGGCUUCCUGUCCACUAGAUACCCCUGCACGUUCCCUCAACGAGAGCGAGCCAGAUAAUUUGGAGGCCUAUGCGCAUGGUGACUUGGGGUUCGUCUACAACACGACCGCAUUUUCUGACAUAUGUAACACGCCUUCUCUUCGGUAUAAAUAUGGCUUCUUCGACCGGGCCAACGCAUUCGACGUGGUCCGGGACCUGUUCCCAGUAUUCUCUCAAAGCAAGAUCUCAAGCUUUCAGGACAUACUCUACCCCAGCCCGUGGUAUUGGGUUGAUAAGGUACCGUAUGAAGAGGGAAAGGAUCAGAGUUGGGACGCGAAGGCCGACAAAUUGUACUGGAGAGGCUCCACAACCGGUGGGUUUGCGCGGGCCGGCGGAUGGCGACGUCAGCAUCGACAGAGAUUCGUCAGCAAUAUAAACACUCAGAGCAUAGCGAAAGUACUGUCUAAAAAUGGCAGUGACCAGUGGGAGUUAAACGAAGUCAGCCACGAUCCUUACCGAGAGCAUUUCGAUGUCAAGUUUACAUACAUUGGCCAAUGUGACCCGAAUGACUGUGCUGCGCAGGAAGAAUUUUUUGUUGUGGGUGAACCAGCCGGCCAGCAGGACGCUUGGGCGUAUAAGUACCUGGUCGAUAUCGAUGGGAAUGCUUUCAGUGGCCGUUAUCAUGCCUUUCUACGCAGCCAUAGCUUGGUUUUUAAAAUUGCCAUCUUCCGCGAGUGGCAUGAUGAAUGGCUCAAGCCAUGGGUUCAUUACAUUCCUUUGAGUUUGACGGGCGAUGAGUAUGUGGAAACUACGAGGUACUUUGUUUCAGAAGACGAAGGCAGGACCGCAGCACCACGAUUAGCUGAACAGAGUCGGGAUUGGGCGCAAAAAGCCUUGCGCCGUGAAGACUUGGAGGUCUGGUUUUUCAGACUCUUGCUAGAAUACGGACGCCUAGUCGACGACAAUAGGGAGAACCUGGGAUUUUCUCUUUGA